UCUUGUGGUUCCUGGCCUUUCUUCCUGCCUAGAACUGGAGAGCUCGUUUCCGCAGCUCCAAACCUGCCUACGCGCUCGCUCCGGGCUGAGUGGGAGCAGCGAGGGAAUAGAUGUGGAGGAGAGGGGAGCCUAGAAGUGAUCGCUUAGGAGUGGGGUAACACCUUCUCUGCUGUCCGCCCAGGAAAGCCAGCUGGACUUCAUUCUUUAAAAACGGAUCCUUCUUUUUCUCGGGUUGUGCCGCCUUGUGGAAGUCACGCAGUCCAUCUUUCUGCCCAGCGGGAGCUUGGCGGAAGGAGGGUGUUUGCGGAGAGGCGAGGGCAGUUAACUCCAGACCCUGUCAGUCAUUCCCUAGGGAGAGUUAAAGUGCGAGAACCCUGUGCCCAGUCUUCUCACCUCUGAGUUGCUUGCUGCGAGGAAUCGUUGGCGCUUGGUAGAUAAUUCCUGGAGUAUCCGAAAGAUGUUUAUAGUGUUUGGAGACUUUGGAGUCUUGAGAUACUGAAUUAAAAACUGAAGAUUUUGUUUCCUAUACUAUGGGAGAUGUCAAAGAACUAAAAAUGCAGAUAACACCGGAAACUCCAGGAAGGAUCCCUGUCUUAAAUCCUUUUGAAAGCCCAAGUGAUUAUUCUAAUCUCCAUGAACAAACUGUUGCCAGUCCUUCUGUUUUUAAAUCUGUAAAAUUGCCAACUCCAGGAGAAUUUAGAUGGUCUAUUGAUCAACUAGCUGUAAUAAAUCCAGUAGAAAUAGACCCAGAAGAGAUUCAUCGUCAAGCCUCAUACUUAAGUCAUUCUCGAAUAGAUAAAGAUGUGGAAGACAAAAGACAAAAAGCCAUUGAAGAGUUUUUCACUAAAGAUGUCAUCGUACCCUCUCCUUGGACUGAACAUGAAGGGAAACAGCUUUCAGAGUAUCAUUCCAGUAAAUGUAUUAACAUAAAUAGUGACUCUCCACCUGGGAGAAAGCUGACCGUUGAUUCUGAAAAAAGCAAUGCUGCUUGUCAGACAUUGCUGUCUCUUCCUGUGGAUUUUAAUUUAGAAAAUAUAUUAGGUGACUAUUUUAGAGCUAAUGAAUUUGCUGAUCAGUCUCCUGGAAACCUCAGUUCUUCAUCUCUCAGAAGAAAGCUCUUUUUAGAUGGGAAUGGAAGUAUUUCUGACUCCUUACCAUCAGCUUCGCCUCAGAGUCCUCAUAGCAGUGCCCAAGCAUCCCUUGAGGUGUUUUAUUCAAUAGAUUUAUCUCCUGUACGGUGUAGGAGCCCUCUGCAGACCCCAGGCUCGGGGCAGUUUUCUUCCAGUCCUAUUCAAGGUAGUGCAAAAAAGUACAGUUUGGGAAGCAUAACCAGUCCUUCAGCUAUUUCUUCACCCACUUUCUCACCAGUAGAACUUCAAAUAGGAAAGACACCACUCUCAGAACAAAGGAAAUUUACUUUUCAUUCUCCUGAUGCCUCAUCUAGAAUAAAUUCUAAUGGAAUUACUAAUCCGUGUAUCAGAAGUCCUUAUAUAGAUGGUUGCUCACCAAUUAAAAAUUGGUCUCCUCUGAGACUGGAGAUGUGCAGAGGUGGGACUCCAUUCCGGGCCUCGCUGAUCCGGAUUCCUUUUGCUCUUGAGACUCACAGUGAAGAUGAGGAAGAUAAAGAGAAUGUUCUCUCCCCAGAAGUCUUGUCCCCAGUUGGGGAUGCUGUGGGAGGACCCCUGCGGCAGUUGAUGAGUGACGCCACACAUAGCACGCACUUAGUGGUGACUGCCAUGUCUAUUACACAGCGUCAGCCCACCGCUUCUGGGAAAGAACUCGCCCUGCAGGAUGUUGCAAGUGAGAAGAAUGACCCUGUGGACAUGGUCGGUCCUAUAGAGGCAGCAGAUGAGCACACUUGGAUUAAGGAGCCCGCUGAUGAUGGGAGUUUGCCUGUACCUGACUUUGUGAGCGGAAUUGCCUUUAGCAUUGAAAACUCUGAAAUGUGCCUGUCACCCCUUGCUGAAAGCAGUGUGCUUCCUUGUGAAAGCAGUAACAUGCAGAUGGACAGUGGCUACAAUACACAGAGUGGUGGAAGCAAUAUUAUGGAUACCGCUGGAGCAGAAAGUUACUGCAAAGAAAGUGAUGUACAAACCUUUGAAGUUGAGACUAAAUUUCAAGUUUGUAAUACAAAGUGAGACUGCAGAACACAGGUGUUGGGUGAAAAUCCCAAGUCCAUCUCAGUGCAGUGGUCCACAGAAUACCUCUGUCAGAAGCAGACUACUGCUGAAGCUCCUCGCAUAUAUUUUUUGCAAAGGAUUGAUAAUGUGAUGGUGACUGGGAAAAAACUGCUUCAUGUAACAUCCUUAGCUUUUUCUUUCCCUCCUUAAUGUGAAAAAUCAAGGGCUUAAUGACAUAGAAACAACAGAAAAGCCCCUACAACAUGAAAUUGCUGAAAUACAGUUCUACUUUUUAUCAAUAAAUAUUUUUGUAUAUAUCUUGAGUGAUGUGUUUAACAAUAAAAAAAUGUGACAGAG